UAUAGCUUCUGCAAAAUGCCUCGGGUGUAAAGGGGCCAACUGUUAUGGGGUACUGGGACCCCGCAGCAACGGGGUGGACAGACCGACCGCUGUUGAGAGUUCGUCAGGGCGGUUAACGCUGGGGACAAAGCACGCUGGACCGAUCUUCUACAUACAAGAUAGCCAGCAACAGACAUCAAGAGGCUUGUUUUCAACUCAGCUGCAGAGGAGGCGGCACUGUUUGCAGGAUUAAAGGGAGAGCUUGGUGUGUAAGGUCUUCCGAGUGUGAGGGACAUUUUAGUCAGACAAGUUAGCAAUUGGCGUGAUUUUGAUACCAAGGAACCGUAUCUAUGGAGAUAUUAUCUACAAAAAGAGGAUCCGGUCAUCCCGACCCAGUGACAGAGCGGGUUCAGUCGGAAUAAAUCAAUUGGUUAAUCUCUUUUAUUUUUGUCCGCCGGGCGGCGAUGUCAGCUUUCUGCCUCGAUUUGCACACAUCUACCGCCACGAUUUCAGCACCACCCGAACUGGACAGCGACUGCAUGGCGCACCUGCUAGAUCAGGGCAACAAAACCCCACAAGAAACGGGAGGAUUUCAGGGCCACUCGCUGCUACAUACCGACUCUGGAGGCCUCGGGAUGGCGUUGGAAGAGGAAUUAGCCAUGCUUACCGGGGAGCAGGACGAGGAGGAGGAGGAGGAGGAAGAGUUAUCCGAAUUGGAGACGCCUGUAAUGGGACAGAAUACAGACUUUUUGUUGCUCUUCCGUCAAAAGGAGAGGGAUUUGGUUUUAGCUGCUAAACUCGGCAAGGCACUGCUAGAGCGAAACCAAGACCUGACUAAGCAAUAUGAGAAAAUGAACAAAGAUCUUAACGAUAAACUUGAGCACCUGGAGCAGGAGAAGCACGAGCUGCGGCGGCGUCUGGAGAACAAGGAGGGGGAGUGGGGGGACCGUGUGGCGGAGCUGGAGACAGACGUCCAGCAGCUGCAGGGAGAGCUGGAGCGCCAUCAGGUCCAGCUGAGAGAAGCCGACCGUGACAAGUCCACGGCCAUCAGGGAGCUGUCAGAGCAAAACCACCGCCUGCUGGAGCAGCUCAACCGGGCUACAGAGGUGGAGAGGCAGCUGUCCACUCAGGUCCACUCGUUACGGGAUGACUUCAGAGAGAAGAGCAUCUCCACCAACCAGCACAUGACACGACUAGAGAGCCUACAGGCUGAGCAAGGGCUGGAAAUUAAGAUGCUGUCGGAGCGUAAGAGAGAGCUGGAGGAUCAGGUUAACGCCGUACUAGAGGAAAACGAGCUACUGCAGAACACUGUUGACGACCUGAGGGAAGGGACGCUAGUGCUGGAGAAACAGUACCACGAGAAGGUCUCACAGUUACGGCAGAGCCAGCUGGAGCUCCAGGAGGUACGGGUGUCCCACAGACAUCUGAGUGCCCGCUUUGAGGAGUUCACAGAGGAGAGAAGUCUCCAAGGCCUCAGCCCAAACCCUGCCAGCCUACUCUGUGAGAUAGAACAGAGCAUGGAGCAAGAGGAGCAGGAACAGGAGAGGGAGCAGCUGCGUCUCCAGCUGUGGGAAGCCUACUGCCAGGUGCGCUCUCUCGUCUCCCACCUGCGAGGCAACGACAUCACAGACUCGGCCCUGUCCACAGACUCCUCCAUGGACGAGUCCUCUGAGACAUCCUCAGCCAAGGACGUUCCCAUGGGGAGCCUACAUGCCAGUCUACUGGAGCUACGCAGACUCACACAGAACCUGCUAGACGGCAAUGAGUCCACGGGUUCUCGGCGGAGUGACGAGGAGGCUCUAGAGGACCAAGUUCGAAAGCUUGGGGAAGAGCUGAGAGGAGUGAGAGAGCUGUACGAAACAGAGCAGGAUAGAACACGGAACAGCCAAGAAGAGGUUCUACAACUCCAUAAUCAGAUGGCGACGUUUUCUGUGGAGAUGUGCUCUGUACAGGAGGAGAGUGAGCGCAUGAGGGCCAUGUCUGAAGCACGAGACCCCAGUGAACAGCUCCAAAGUGCUAUACAAGACCGAGACGACGCUAUUUCCAAGAAGAAAGUGGUGGAGACGGAGCUGGCCAAGUGUAAGAUAGAUAUCAUGUCUCUGAACAGCCAGCUCCUGGACGCCAUCCAGCAGAAGCUGAACCUAUCACAGCAGCUGGAGGCCUGGCAGGAUGAUAUGCACAGUAUGAUUGAUCAGCAGCUCAUGGAAAAGCACCAGGAGGAGUGGAGGGUGACCCCCUACUCCCUCGCUGGGUCCUCCGGGGGCCCCUCCGGCCAGUCCUCCAGACGAGCCCAUCGCCUCUCCGAUGGAGACAAGCGGCUCUUUUCCUUCUUCAAAAAGAACUGAGCGCCUCUGGACUGGCCCGAGUAAGCAAGAGAGAGAGAAAAAGAAUAAUUCAAAUAGAGUGCAGAGGUAGAGGAAAAUAAAGGCAAAGACUGAGUGGCAGUGAUACACACUAUCAGAUGGGGGGGGCUAAAGAUGUUCAAGGGUCAUUUUGCACUUUAUCUGUCCCAUCAUGUCCUACCUUAAAGAUGUUGAAACAGAGAAUUAAGGCACUUAAAGAAGGAGUGAGCAACACUGUUAGGGCUCACUCACACCAGUAGUGCUUUCUGGCCGAGAGUACUUGGCACCUCUGAACGUAAUUUGAGAACCGAGUGCGCACCGAUUUUACAUGUGGAAAAUGUCGGCAGUCAGACGUCUAUAGCGGGUGGUCCCUAAAACACAGUGCACUGAACGAUCGACAGAUGAACGCUAGAUCCACAUUAGAUCCACAUUCAGUGUGAUGUGUGCGAGCGUUUACACAUCCAAAGGCCUUGGCUCCCAUCUCAUAAACACCCAUUGGGCUUACAUAUAUUUCAAAGAGGACGGUUCCCUAGCAGUGCCGCCCAGUGUCUCUACCCCACUUCCAAAACCCCAGACUGGGAGUGUACGUAUACAGUAGGGCUGGCUCCUGUGCCCUGCCACAUGCCAAGGUGUCUGGGGAGGGUGUUCAAUAUGGGACUCACCAAGGCGUUGGGGUGGAGGGAUUAGGACAGUGGGACAGGGAUCUGGGUAAGGGAACAUUAAUUGAGGGACAAGAACCAGCCUCUGGUUGGGAAGCAGCAUUGUUACAGCUAACUCCGACAUGUUCUCAGCUUUAUUCAUAUAUUCAGGGAUUUACAAAGAGGCCUUAUUCCCAAUCAAUCCAAUGGAUGGAUUUCUUUCGGUUGGUAUGCACUUCACAAUCAUGGUCGUGCCAUAGCAUUGGUUAAUAGAGUUAACACAACACACCAAAUGUCCAUCCUUGAAUGUCACUGAAGUAUAAAUGUAUAGAUCAAGCCACAGUAAAUCUAUAAACAUAGCACUUUAUGCAUAUCAAUCAUAAGUUUACCUCAGAUACUCAAUACUAACUGAGCAACCAGUGCAUGACCAAGGGAGAGUUACAUUUACCAAGCACUGAAUGUAUGAAAACCAGCCUAUCUAAAGUGAUUAUAGGACUGUUUCAGGUCCAUGGACAUUUCUACACAGGCCUCUUGUCAGUCUCUGACGUCUGAAUAAAUCUCUGGGCCGCUGGCGUUAGCUGCAGCCUCUAUCCAGGUGGACUUUUUUUCUACAGUUAGAAUGUCACGUUUUGCGUACGUUUGACGUACAAAAAGUAUUUUCAAACAUUGUCUGUACAAUGGCCAUCAUCAUGUAUAUUCCUCCUAGCUGACCAAAUCCUCCGAACUGUUUACAUUAGCUUGAGAAAGGAGAAGUCUAAACGGUCUCUCAAUACGUCUGCAGUGCCUAACUUUGGCAAGUCAAAGGCAUCCAUAUUGUGCUACAGUUAAUUGUCAAAUUACCAUUAAUUGGAACACAAAUGUAGAUGAUAUUGAUUUAGUAACCUACUCAGUCAGGUACCACCAAUCCAGUUUCACAGGAAAACCUAUUGACAGGGCCUACAGAGUGCUUUAGCUAUACUAUCACAGUAAUAUAGAAGGUCUACUGCCAUUCCCAUUGGUUCAAAGUUUAUGAUAGUGGACACUUCAUUUUCAAGCUUCCAUAAUGGCCAGACAAACAGUCACCUCCAAAAUGAUUGGCACCCUUGAUAAAGAUGAGCAAAAAAUACAGUAUAAAAUGAAUAAUACAAAAAUUGUAUGCUCAAUAAAUGUGAAAAUAUAUUAUUUUUGUAGUAAUACAAAUGCUUAGAAAAAAAUAUUUUGUUCAAGUAAUUAACAAAAAAUCUCAAAAAGAUAGGUGUCGAAAUUAUUGGCACUAUUUUCAAUACGUUGUGCACCCUCUUGUGAGGAUAACAGCACUUAUCCUUUUUCUAUAAUAUUUUAUGAGACCAUUCCUCCAUACAGGAUCAUUCCAGGACCUUGAAAGAUUCAUCCACAUUUUACAGUAGGUACAAGGUUCUUUUCUGCAUAUGCAUCCUUCAUUCGAGGCCAAACCCACCACUGCUGUGCGUGGCCAAAGAGCUCAGUUUUAAUCUCAUUCGAUCCAUAGCACCCGGUUCCUAUUCAAGGGCCAAUGCCAUUUAACAAACUCCAGGCAUUUACAUUUGUUGGUUGCUCUCAAUAAAGGAAGUGGCGUUUAAUUGUAUAUUUGGAGACUUGGUGACCCCAAGACGCGACCAAGUUCGGUCAUUCUCCAACUGUGGCCCUUGGACUUUUUUUGCCUCCCAAACCAUCUUCCUCAAUGUGCGUAGUACAAAAUACACUUCGGUCUUACCAGGCAAGUUUACCACUGUUCCAGUGGUUUUAAACGUAUUCAUCCAUAAUAGUGGUAUAUUGGAGUUUUCAGUCGUUUUUUUGUACCAUUGCCUGAUUUAUGAAAGUCAACAGCCAUUUGCCUUUCCUCGUGAUGAUGGAUGACAAAGGGAUUUUACAUGUUUGUUACCUCAUUUUUCUACCCCAGUGAAACAGGAAGCCAUGGAAGGCCACAAUACAGUUCCUUUAACUGAGAUUAACUUAAACAAGUAGAAUGAUAAUGCAAUCUUUAGGGGUGCCAAUCAUUUUGACACAUACUUUUUUUUUUUUUUACUUGAGCAAUAUUGUAUUAGUAUGUUCCUUUUUUGCAUACAAUAUAGCUUGGUAUUUGUAUUAUUUAUACAUGUUUUUUGCUCAUCUUUAUCAAGGGUGCCAAUCAUUUUGGAGGUGACUGUAUCUGUGACUCCAUAUUUGUAGAGUGUGUGUCGAUAAAUGUGAUGCGUCUGAACUGUCAUGGCGUGUUUAAGAAUGAGACUGGCACAGUCCUCUGACCUCUGUCUAUGUAUGGAAAGUCAUAUCUAGAGCCCCUGCGCAAACCUAUGCAGAUGUCUUCUCGCCAUCUCAGUUGGUAAGGUUGUUGGUUAGGAUCAACCCAAAGAAUUAUUAUUUUUAAAGAGUUGAGAGUAGGUUUGGAUGAAAUCAAUAUAUUUAUAAAUCCAUACCUUUUUCAAUGGAAAUCUCGUAUUUUUUGUUGUUUUAAAAAACUUUCAUUGUUCAUGUAUUUUUAUUUUGUGUUUUGAGUGUUUACAUGCAAAUUGGGAUCUCUGCGGAAAGGGAGGGGUGAUGUGGAGGAGGGUGAAGAUUAUAAGUUCUACAUGUGACUGUUCAGUUCUGUCUUUGUAAUAAGUCAUUCUAACUUUCACGUAAUUCACUGAAUGUUGUUGAAGUUUGAGUUAUACUCAAGUCUACCGAUGUUUGAUUCAGAGGUUUUCACCAGGGUUUGGUUCAAUUCGAAUUGAGAACAGUCAAUUCAGGAGGUAAACUACAAUUACAAUUUAAAUAAUCAAAAAAAGGGCAGUUAUUUUCAAUGACUUCUCAAUAAACUGAAAAAAAGUUCAAGCUAUUUAUUUCAAAAGUUUUUACAUUUAAGAAUUUGCAAUUCAAAUCACUUCCUGAAUUGACUACCUUCAAUUUGAAUUGAGCUCAGCCAGGCUGCAAAAACAAACUCAUUAUCUAGAUAAAAGAGCGAUGUCUGCCUUUCUGUCUGUUGUCUAAGCAAGUGUGGGUCGGGCAGGGGUCCAGGUGGGUCGUUAGCUUACAUUUUUAGUGCAUUGCAAAAUUAUAAAUGAUAUAUAUAUUCAUUUUUGGGAAUGGAAAAACACUUUCAGUGUAAACUUUAACAACUAAAACCAAAUAGAAAGUAUGUAGAAAAGAUAAGGGACCUAUAUAUUUUUUAAUAAUACUCUAGUCUUUGAGAACUUGGAAUCAACAAAAUAAAAGCCCCCAUUGAUUUUGUUAUGUUUGAGCAUAUGAACACAGCAUCAGCCAUGUCAAAAUGUGUAGAAUUGCAGAAUAUUUGCAUUAACUGCAAAACAUUUCUCUCAGCUCCAUGGCAAAAUGUAUAGAAUUGCAGAAAGAUUGGCUUUAAAACAGCAAUAUUCGAUUAGGCUCCAUGAAGAAUUGCAGGAAAUUAGUUUUAAAAUGGCAUUUUAUUUCAUCUCCAUGGCAAGAUGUAUAGAAUUGCAGGAAAUUUGAUCUGUAUGUUUUUGCACCGCUCAACCCUUAUGGUGGGUCGCGACUCAAAAGACACCUCAAUUAGUGGGUCAUGAAGUAAAAAGGUUUGGGAAUCCGUGUCUAAGCAGCUGUGGUGUUGUAUUGAUCUGAGAGGAUGGUUAAGUGGGUCUAACACCAGGAGCCAGUCAGCUCUGAUAGGCACUGACUAGCUGCAUGAUUAUAGUGGAUAUUAAGCCAACCACACACAGUUAGACUGCAGCCUCAGAACUGAGUGAUGACAAGUUAUUCUGCAUGCUAAAUUAGGGUUGGUUGAACAUGGAUCAAACAUGAACUUAUAUUACGAACGGGGAUCAAACAACACUUAUGACCAGAAUGUAAGUUUUCUCAUGUCCUUGUCUUUUCGGAGAGAAAACUGAAUUCUGUAGUAAUUUGUAAUGUAACAGGCCAGAGGUCUUGAACUCAGCCUCAUGGCCUGUUGUCACCAGAGGGGUAUACUACGAAGUAAGUUCCAUGGCUUAGGCAGCUAAUUUGGCAACCAAAUAUUCUGAAAUAACUCACAUGAAAAAUAGAAAGAUGAGCAUAAAAUGGGCACAGUCUAAUUAACUUAACCAAAAACACAUAUCUAUGAUUUGCUUUCUUAAUGGAGCAGAAAAUCAAUAGUUAUUUUUGGUUGUUUAUCAAAGUUAGUUGGUCAAUUCAUGAAUCCUUCUUUGUCGUAUAGACCUCCGGUGUUCCUGGGCGUGGCCUCUGAUAGAAAAGUUUGGCCGUUCUGUUCAUUCAGAGGGGAUACGUUCAAGAGCUCUGGCCUGCUAGUUACUUACAUCCAUGUUAUAGUUAUGUACUCUUCGUGUAUAUGUUAUGUCCAAAAUUACUGUCAUUUGUAUUGUUUUAAUUUUCUAUUUGAAAACUCUUUUUUUAAA